CCCCACAACAAAAACAGUAGCAACAUGUCUGAUUGGGGCCCAGUGUUUGUGUCGUUGGUGCUGUUUGUGCUCCUAACACCGGGGUUGCUGUUUCAGUUACCUGGGAGGUCAAGGUGCGUUGAGUUUGGCAACUUUCAAACAAGUGCUGCUGCUGUACUCAUCCACUCCCUCCUCUACUUUGCCUUCAUAUGUGUCUUAUUGCUAGCUAUUAAGGUCCACUUGUGUUUAUUGUGCAAGGUGAUGGCUGCUGAUUGGGGUCCAGUGGUGAUAUCAGUGGUGCUGUUUGUGCUACUAAGUCCAGGGCUGCUUUUUCAGCUUCCAGCUAAGGGCAGGGUGGUGGCCUUUGGAAGUAUGCAAACUAGUGGACUAUCUAUCUUAGUCCACACUAUCAUCUUCUUUGGACUCAUCACCAUAUUUCUUCUUGCAAUUGGUGUGCAUAUUUACUCUGGAUAAUUAUAACCACUAGCAAUGUACCUCUCUGCAUGUUGUUUUAUUCUAUCAUUGCUGUUUUUCUUUUUGUUAUUUUUUAUGUUGGUUUAAAUUAUUUUGUUGUGAUGUAACUUUUAAGAUGUGAUCAAGGAUUGAUGACUCAAUUUCUUCUUUCA